AAUUGACCUAUGAGCACUAUGGCUAUCCCUUCCCUUUGCCUGUUCCUUUUGUUUUCUCUUUUCAUUGGCCAAGCUGUUGUUCAGCUUGAAGCAUCUCACCAUGUUUUCCAAAACCUUGAAACUUCUCAGCCCGUUUCUGAAAGUGAACCUUACAGGACUGGCUACCAUUUUCAGCCCCGCAAGAACUGGAUGAAUGAUCCCAAUGGGCCUAUGAUUUACAGGGGAAUUUAUCACCUGUUUUACCAAUACAAUCCGAAAGGUGCAGUGUGGGGCAACAUUGUGUGGGCUCACUCUACAUCAACGGAUCUUGUUAAUUGGACCCCACAUGAGGUAGCCAUCUAUCCAUCGCAGAAAUCUGAUAUCAACGGCUGCUGGUCAGGCUCUACCACAAUGCUCCCUCCAGGCAGACCAGCCAUUUUGUACACAGGAAUCGACCCAAAUAACAAACAAGUCCAAAACUUGGCCGUGCCCAAAAAUUUAUCCGAUCCUUUCCUUACAGAAUGGGUCAAAUCACCAAGAAAUCCUCUAAUGGCGCCCACUGUAAUAAAUCAAAUCAAUUCUAGCUCAUUCAGAGACCCAAGCACUGCCUGGUUAGGCCCUGACAAAAUAUGGAGAGUGAUCGUAGGCAGCCAAAUUAACCACAAGGGGUUAGCAAUUUUAUACAGAAGCAAAAAUUUUGUGAACUGGACAGAGGCAAAACACCCUUUAUAUUCUCUGGAGGGUACCGGAAUGUGGGAGUGCCCGGAUUUUUAUCCGGUGGCUACUGAGAGCGUCCAUGGCAUCAAUACAUCGAAGGUGGGAUCAUCCAUUAAGCAUGUGUUGAAGGUAAGUUUGGAUGACACACAGCAUGACCAUUACACCAUUGGCAAAUAUGACAUUUUUACAGAUAAAUACGCUCCGGAUGAAGGUCAAACACAGAGUGAAUCAGGAUUAAGGUAUGAUUAUGGAAAAUUUUAUGCCUCGAAGACAUUUUUCGAUAACGUUAAGCAUCGGAGAAUUUUGUGGGGAUGGAUUAAUGAAUCUUCAAGUCAAGAACAUAAUAUCAAGAAGGGUUGGUCUGGAUUACAGGCAAUUCCUAGGAAAAUUUGGCUGGCUAGAUCUGGAAAACAAUUGAUUCAAUGGCCUAUUGUUGAAAUUGAAAAGCUACGUAUAAACCCAGUACAUUUUCCAAGCAAAAUCCUGGAGGCUGGAUCGGUAGUUGAAGUUAAAGGUAUCACGGCUUCACAGGCAGACGUAGAGGUAUCGUUUAAGAUUCCGAAGUUUGAGAAAGUAGAAGUUUUGGACCCAAGUUGGACAAACCCGCAGUUGCUUUGUAGCCAAAAGGGUGCAUCAGUUAAGGGAGCUUUAGGUCCAUUUGGGUUGCUAGUUUUGAGCUCAAAGAGCCUGGAAGAAUACACAGCAGUUUUUUUCAGGAUUUUCAAAGACCACGAAAAAUAUGUAGUCCUCAUGUGCAGUGACCAAAGCAGGUCUUCUUUAGAUGCUACCAAUGAUAAGACCACUUAUGGAGCUUUUCUUCCGGUGGAUCCAGUUCAUAAGAAGCUCUCAUUAAGAAGCCUGAUUGAUCACUCCAUAGUGGAGAGCUUUGGUGGGGGAGGCAAAGCGUGCAUUACAGCCAGAGUUUAUCCAACUUUGGCCAUUGAUGAUGCUGCCCACUUAUAUGCAUUCAAUUAUGGAACUGAGAAAAUAAACAUAGCAAGUCUAAGAGCAUGGAGCAUGAAGAAAGCUCAUGUCAAUUAGUUGGAAGAAGAAAAAAUAAAGAGGAAUGACCGUGUCAGAUACCACUGAUCGGAUUCUUGCCAACAGAAAAUUUAUGUUUCUCGUUAGUGAUAAACUGUGUGAGUCUGUCUGUAGCCAUGUUUCUUGAUCAUGUUUGUAUUUUUCUUUUUUCCGUAAAACAGUAUGCAAAACCCCAAAAAACAAAAGAUCACACUCAAGAAUCUCUUAAAGUUCAGAAGGGAUUUCAGUCGACUGAGACAAGAUUCAUUUUUACAAUCCAAUCUGUCUCUUAAGCAUGUUUGUAUCGUAACUUCACCAUAAAGAAUAAUAAAGCAUUAGUUUCCAUAA